AUGAAUUCUAAAAAUUCGAGCGGCGCUCAGAGCGCAAAUGAAACACCAGCUCUGAACGUUGAGAAUCGACGUAUGACCCGGAGCGCCACCAGAGCACUCCAACAGCAGCAAGCGGGUCCUUCACCAGCAGGUGUUAGCGAGAAGGACGACCAAGCUCCACCACUUUCCACCAACAAGACACAGAAGACGAGUAAGAUCAAGAAAGAAGAAAGUGACGAUGAGAAGCCCAAGAAGGCCGUCCGUGGCAAGAAACAGGCGAAGAAAAACUUGACAGCGCCCGCUUCUAACAACAAACGGAAGGCGACCAAGAUCAAGAAAGAGGAAGAUGACGAUGAAAGUGAUGAGAAGCCUAUGAAGGCAGUCCGAGUCAAGAAAGAACUCGACACCAAGGAAAACCUAUCCGCGCUUCCCGCAAACAACAAAAGAAAGGCGAGUGAGAUCACUAAGGAAGAAGACGAUGAUGAUUUCAAGCCCGAGGAGGCGAGUGGCAUCAAAGAUGAAGAGGACCACACGCCCAAGAAGGUUGCUCCAGCCAAGAAGAUGAUGAAGCUUGGAGGAGAAAAGCGACUUCGCAAGUUUCGAGAUGAGCCUCCGAAGCAUUGGCAAGGUGUCUACGACCGGGCUCAGACUGAGCGCUUCUAUGUCCUCAACCGAACUCGAAUCGGUACUGAGUCUGGCCCGGAAGAGUAUGUCGAAAUGACGGGCUCGACUGGCAACAUCUAUACUGUCCACAUCGGGCUGCGCAUCACCUGUACUUGUCCACACCACAUGCGUGGCUUUGCGCAGUGUAAGCAUAUCUGCUUCGUUAUGAAGAAGAUUCUCAACGCGCCCGACGAACUUCUUUACCAGCAAGCUCUUCUUAGCACCGAGCUUCAGUCCAUAUUUGAGUCUGCACCUGACAUCUCUGCGUCCCAGUCUCAGUCCGAGUCCCAGGAAGAGUCCGACAAGCGCAAGCCUAUUGAGGGAGAUUGCCCAAUCUGCUACUGCGAGCUCAAGAAAGAGGAUGAGAAGAAGCCCAGUCUUGUCUGGUGUGCAGCGGCCUGUGGCCACAACUUUCACUCGCAGUGUUUUAAGCUGUGGGCACGAAACAAGUCCGGCGCGGACGUCACCUGCCCUAUGUGUCGCAGCGCCUGGAAGGGCGACGGUAAGUUGGAGGCGGUUGUGGAGAAGAGCAAGGCUGAGUUGUCCGAGGGGUAUCUUAAUGUUGGUGAUCAGCUGGGUGUCGGUCGUAUCCGAGACACUUCGACCUACUCGCGGGGUUCGCGUGAAUACCUCGAAGAGCUGGCUUUUAGCAUGUAUGACUAG